AUGAAGCAGCCAAAUACGAGGAUCUCGCCCCGUCGUCUCCUUCUCUUCUUCGCAAUACUUCAAUUGCAGGGGUUUUGCUUCUGUCAGCUAGGAAGUGAUGGUUUCCCCAUCAAGCUAGAAGAGACCCCUCCCGGCUUCGGGUUCCAUGACGGACUGAAGCUCGCGCCUGACAUGGAGGAGGAGCAGUAUGAUCCCCUUCCCAAGUUGAGCUCCUUGCAAGAGGACAUGCGAGCCCCGCCAACCCUUCAGGACUCACCCGCAAGCUCGUUUCUUGACCGAAGAUCGGAUCCCCGAAGUCAGUUUGGGAGCCAAGGAGAGGGAAUUGAGGACAUGUCCUCGUUUUUCAAGCAGCGAGACUCGUCCCCUGGCAGCUUCUCCAUGCCGGACAACGACUUCACCCCCUCGGGUCUCGCGCCUGACCCUGAGCCAGCCGUUGGAGGUGGACAAUGUUACUUUUUCACGAUCCCCCCUCACGACUAUCUAGGCAAGAUGAAAGGGAUUCCUGCAGAUGAUUCGUCGCUGGCAAAGGAAACAACCAGUCGCAGCAAGAAAGACGCUGCUGCCUUCCAAAAGCGAGGUGGGAAUGAGAGGAGAGCGAAUCAGUCGUUUGAAUCCGUCCCGGCUGGCAAGAGGAAAACCAAAGAUGCAUCGCGUGACAGAGAAACGAAGAAGACAUCGCUGGACGACCUUGAUUUCCUGACAAGCGCUCUGCCCGAGGAUGUACCGGCAGAGCAGGAGAAGCAGGCACAAGCUGGGGAACAGUCGAGCUGGUGGUCAAACCUAUUUGGGUCCUCCUCCGCUUCCUCCUCCUCCGCUUCCUCCAAGACGGAAGUGAAAGACCGCAAGGCAGGCAAGCAAGAGAGUCAGAGGCCGGCGGCUGAGAAGCCGAAGGCCGAGGGGCAGGAGAGGAAGGGGAAGGAGCAGGAGGCGACCAACGAGGUCAAGAAGAGCCAGCAAAUGUCUGACGAUGCUAUCGCCGAGAUGUACAAGAGGCAAGAGACGGGAAGGGGAGCAGCUGGCAAAGAGGCUGAGAUCUCUCAAGAAGAACGGUUUUGCAAGGAGAUUGCAGGGCCGUACGCGAUGUUCGACAAGAAGGAAGGGGCAUGUAGGUGCCAAGACGGCUACGAGGAGGACGAGAGGGGGAAGUGCGUAAGACAGAAAAAGGCCGACAAAAGGAUGAAGGAGGGAGGAAAGGCCUCAGCUGGGGUUCCAGCAGGAGGCCCAGCUCCGGGUGCAGGAGGAAAGGGGGGAGGAGAUCCUCUCGAGUUCCCCGUGAGGUCCGGUCGGAAGAAGCAGGCGACUGGUAUAGCCGAGGAGGAGGAGGAAGAGGAGGAACUCCUGACGGGCUGCACAGCAGAGGAGGAGACCCUUGUGAAGUCGGAGGCGCCCAGUGACCUUUACCUCAACUUUGACACGCAGACGUCAAGAGAUCCAACACUGCAGCAUUCUCGAAGACCUGAGGAAGGAAAAUCUAGUGGGGAAAGGAAGAGAAGGCCGAGGCCUCCCAAUCAGGAGAGCGUCGCUCCUCCCAAGUCAGGAAGGAAAAGGAUUCCUGCGCCCCCUCCUCUGGGCAAUCAGAGUGGAAAACGCUCCCAGGCUCUGCUCCCGCCAGCUAACGAAGACUUCGGGCAGCUGGUAACGAGGUACGGUUCGGCUGUAAUGGGGCGCAUCACCAAGGUUUUUCUUCGUGCUCGUAGCGCAGCUGGGAAGGUGCUAAGGUUGGGAUGGCAGUGGGUCGCCGUUUGGAAGAUGCGGAUGGGGAAUUUCGUGCGGGGGAUCGAGAUGAAGAAUGAGUUGAUUGUUCAUCAAGGAAGUGCAAAAGUCAGCGACGAACUUUACUGGGAUGUGGAUGGGAGAGACGCGGAGUCGGUGGAGAGAUAUUGGCGGCAGAAAGGAAGAGCUGAGGCCGAAGAAUGCAUGAAAAUGCACGCAAAGACCCAGUCGCUCAAGAAUGCAGUGACUGCACUGAACUCGACCCUUCUUGAAGCUCAGAUCCUUGAAAACUGCAGCAAAACCCAAAAGGAACUCAUCUACACGAGAGAGGAGAAGGAGAAAGUGGAACUGGCGCUGCAGGAGGCCAGGGAGAGUAAGGUCAAGGUUAACUCGAAGCUGCUGGAGGUAGUCGACGAGAAAGUUGAGCUGGAGAGGAUGUACGAGCAGCAAGUUCUGCUAAGCUACGACCUCAAGAAGAACAUCGCCGAGCUGGAGGGGCUGGUGAAGUCACUGCAAGAGAGACAGCAAGAGGACAAGAAGGCGGCAAGCCAGGAGGAGGAGCAGAGCAAGAGGGCAGUGGAUGACCAGGAUGCCAAGUUGCUGGAGGAUCUAAGGAGAAAGGAGGAAGAGAUUUCUGAGCUGAAGAACGAGAUUAAGAGCAUGCAGGAGCAGCUUUCCAAACAGCUCUCCACAGCGCAACCGCAAAAGACGGAGGAGCAGCAGCAAGACUCUUCCUCAUUCUGCUGCUCGCAGACUUGCAAUGCUGAAUGUUGA